GUUAUUUUCUGUUUAUGUAUGCUUUUUGUUACCGUGACAACAGUCUUAGUACACAAAUACUUUGUUUUCCUCUAAUGCAGAUACUUUGUGAAUCACUAUGUUAUUAAAACGUUAUGCAUCGUUGCAGUGUGUUUAAGAAUUCUUGUAUUAAUGUUCCACUUGAUCCUAUUAGCAAAAUGCCAAAAACUGCGUACGAACGUAAUGAAAAAAAUACAACUGAACAGUGCUCGAUUGAAUCAUCCACGUCUUGUUCGGUCACAGGAGCUGACAUUGAUGCUGAAAAAUUAAAAGAUUUUUACCGAAGUAUUCCUGACUAUAAUGAUAUUAAUCACUUAUCAGAGAGCGAGUUUUAUUCAACUUUGAAAAGUUUAAGGGAGAAAAAAAAAUUGAUGCUUGGCAUCGCUGUUGAACAUAUUGAUGAUGGUAUUGACGAUAAAAUAUUUGUGAAAUCAGAAAGAGAUAUUUGUCCUGAGACAAAUUUAAGACGUUAUAAUGAAACGAUUCUCUCAGAUAGCCGAAAUAAUGACAAAAUAGAACAUAUUUCUAAAAAUCAUGUAGCAAAAAAUCCAAGAAGAGGAGUCCGAAAAUUAGAUAACACUGUCAUUGAAAAUGUAGUAGAAAAAAGUGAUCAAAUGGAGUCAACUAAAGGUAAUACAUUAACGGUGAAAGGUAAUACUAAAUUAAGCCGACCUAGACGUAAUCAUUCCGCAUGUUCUAUUUCUUGGCAUGAUGAUAAAGUAGAAAAUAAAAAUGCUGAAAUCGAUGAAAAAUUUGAGCAGUAUUUUGAAGGAAACCGAACUGUAAACGAUGACGAUUUAUAUAGAACGCAAAGUAUGCCCUCAAGUCCUCUUCGAACAAGAACUACGGGAUCGAGUGUACGACGUCGUCGAAAAAGUAUUACCAUACCGAAGCCAUUCAAAAUGACGGAAAGAGAUGAAGAGAACCGCAUUGUCAAUGAACUUAGAAGUCUACAGAAGUCACUGUCGGAAGAUAUGCUUCAUCAAAAAAGGGGGAGAAAAAGGUUUCGGGUGAAGCCUGUUCCCAUAGAGUCCCGCAUUCCUUUAUACGAUAAGAUAUUAGAGGAUCAAGCUAUGAGACGAGCAAUAACGAAGAUAAAUAGUGAAGCAGAGCUAAGGGCGCAAAUGAGACCAUUCAGUUUUACUAAAAAAGAAGAAACCGGUGCAGGUGGUAUGUGCGCAAGAACUGCAAAUAUUUUACUGAAAUGUAAGAAGAAGAAACGCUUCCGUGCCCGUCCUGUGCCUAAGAAUCUUUUUUCUAAUUACUUUUAUGAAAAAAAUAAAGAAGAUACCUUCUUUCGCAACAUGAAUCGUCGUAUACGCGCGGAAGAAAUGUUACGUAAUUCUAGUUUGCCAGGUAGUACCGCUUUACGCGAUCGAAGUCGAUUAUCCACGCCUGCAGCACACAGUGAUCUUCCCAUCGAUCCGUCACCUGCAGUACCCUCAGUUUCUUCGUCAGACAAAAACAGAUCGACAAGUCCGACGAAAGAUAAAAGAAAAACUAAACACUAUAAAGACGACUUCAUAACGACAAGUCCUAGACCUUUCCGAUUUAACACAGCUGAAAGAGCUUCUAAAAAGAUAAACGAUAUAUCAAAGAAAAUUUCCCAACAUUCUAGUUACAGUGGCGAUGACAGCUUAGAAAAGAAUAAUACAAUAUUCGAUAAAACUGAAGCAUAUACCGCUUUGGACUUAAAAGGAAUUGCUGCAGGGAGAUCCAAUUUGGCUGCUUUAUUAAGAGCAGAAGCUGUUAGGAGAAAAUUUGAAGUAGAAGCUGCUAGACAUUUAGCUGAUCAACGCAAGCGAGCUGAGACAAAGAAUCGUGACCGCGUGCUACGGGCUAAUCCCGCUUGGCAUUUAGUCAAAAAUAACCACGAACAGGAUAUCGCGAUGCGGCUACAGACUAGGCGUGAUGAGGAGAGAAUGAGAAGAGAAGAGUUUCUCCACGAAAUGGAAUUAAUGUAUGGUAGAGUGCAACAGCAGCCCAUGUUAUUCGAGAGGUAUUAUGCACCACGAUCUGGCGCAACCACCGUCGAUUCUAUUCAACUUUCACCAAGAAAAAGUCCGAGUAAAAAAAGAACCACGCGAAAAAGCAAAUCCUACAAUUUUCCGAACCCUAGUAUAUCGUCCGAGUUUUGUGGCGAUUUAUUGAAAUAUUUGGACAAAAUUGAAAAUACAAAGAGAAAUAACCGUUCACAAUUGUACGAAGGCGACGAAGCUAUAGAUAGCUUGGAAAGAGAAUAAACGUGUUCUAUUACCUUCUAUAUAUAAUUAUCGGAUCAUUGUUGUUUUAAAUAUAAAAGAUACGUUACCGUUAGAACUAGUGUUCAGCCGAAUCUUCGGGUUUGGCUAUCUCCGGUCAAAAAUCAACUUUUGACCAAAACUUUGGCAUUGGUCAAAAGGGGCCAGUUUUGAUCGAAGCCCAAGUAAACGUCGAUUGAACUGGUACUGUAGCACGAGAGCGCAAUGUGUGCACCAGCAGAAACAAAAUAACUUCAUACGCGCAUUUAUGAUUAUUUAAUCAAUGUAACUUUAAUUACAAGUUCUUGAGAAGGUUAAGUACGAAUAUUCUGUAGCGAGCUUCGAUAAUGUAAUUGAAUGAUA